UUUCGUGCGAUUCUGAAUUAUGACCACCUGCAGGCGAUAGUUGUUGACAGACUCCGUCUCAGCUCGGGGUAGUCACAUAUCAUUGAAAUAGUGUAAAACAGUUCUUUUGUGAGAGAUGCCAGGGACAUGUGAGCGAACGCCACUGCUCGGUGACGAUCAGGUGUCUCGCUCCACCGACAUGACUCUGGCGACCGAGUGGGAGGAUGACGACCGCAUGAACUUCCUAUUCUCCGACUUCAAGGAGAACCGAGAUGUCAACACCACGGACUGGGACAGCAAGAUGGACUUCUGGACGGCUCUGAUCGUUAAGACGUGUCGGGACCGCGGGACGGUAUGCGUCAGCCUGCAGGAGCUCAGUCAGACGUUCAGGAGGAAGGAGAAAUCACCGCUGGGCCUGGCGACCGUCAUCCAGUCCAUGGCCAGAGGUGGGAAGAUCCAGAGGGAGUCUGAGUUUGCAGCCAGCGUGGACUGCGGCUGGCUGUCGUGGGGUGUGGGCCUGCUGCUGGUGAAGCCGCUGAAGUGGACCUUCUCCACUCUGCUGGGAAGCAGCCGGGUGCCUCUGCAGGAGUCCUUUGUUGUCAUCGAACUAGUAAAGGAGAAAGCCACAGAAUUACUCAGGGUCUACCGGGGCAGUGAAUUCGCGAGCCGCUCCGUCGUGUCUCUUCAAGAACUCUGUACCCUCAGCUCUGACGUCUGUAUGGACGAGAGCACGCUGUGCAUGGCUCUCCUGCAGCUGCAGAGGAACAAACAAGUGGUGGUUGCAUUGCACGAAGGGGAGAAGAUAGUGAAGUUUUGCCAGCCUGGGCAGGACCGGGUCUCUCCCGUCAGUGAGGUGGAUGUCGGAAUCUACCAUCUGCAGCGUAGUGAGAAACUACUGGGAGAGCGAGUGGAGAAACUGGGGCUGGAGGCUGACAAGUGCAAAGCUGAAGCAAGAAUCCUGCUGCGGGAGGGGAAGAAAUCACAGGCCCUGAGGUGUUUGAGAGGCUGCAAGAGGGCAGAAAAGAGAGCAGACAACUUGUUUGUCCAACUGGAGUCCAUCAGAGCCAUCCUGGACAGAAUAGCCCAGUCGCAGACGGAUAAGAUGGUCAUGCAAGCGUACCAGGCCGGCGUGUCGGCACUGAGGCUGUCUCUGAAGGAUGUGACUGUGGAACGCGCAGAGAGCCUCGUGGAUCAAAUCCAGGAGUUAUGUGAUACUCAGGAUGAGGUGAACCAAACUAUAUCUAGUGGCGUGACCAGGGGAGAUGAAGACAUCGAUGAGCUGGAGGAAGAACUGAGGUCUUUGUUGGAAGAGUCAAAGCCAGAUUCAGUCUCAGGUUUACCUCAGGUUCCAGGCAGGGACCUCCCCAGUGCUCUGCCUGUCGUGCCUCACAGCCACUCGCAUGCUACCACAGAGGAGCUGGAGGAAGAAUUGAGUCAGUUGACUCUGACAGAUAUUGGCUCCCGUCAGAAGAAGGCGACAUCUCCAGGCAGGAGAUUAGAGCCUGCACAGUGAUGACGCGGCAAGUUUCCUGUAUCAACAUAUCAACACUAAUUGUGUCUCCUAAGAAAUGAGCCAUGGGAGUAAAACAAACCCUAUAUAUUAAAUUAGGAAUAGCUAAAAUAUGUCUGGAGGUGUUUUAAAAUGUGUAGAUGAAAAAAGACACAUCUUAUUUGAUAAGAAUUAAAAUACCUUUACUUUGGAAGCAUGCCAAUAAGUACUUUUAAAUAUAUUUUUCUUUCAUAAAAGCUAUUAAGUACUUUUGAAUAUUUUCAGAUCUGCUUCGUCACAAAAAAUUGAAAAUAAAUGAAAUAUAAAUGGGAAUUUUAAGAGACGGUAAAGAGAAGUGUCUUUGAUUUGUUGUAAAUGUCUGACAUUGCUAGUCCUGUAAAGUCUAACGUGGCCUUCUGAGCUGUAAAUAUAAAAAGUUAAUCAGAAUAUUAUGACAAAUGACUCCUUGCAACCAUAUUUACUGUAGUGUUACCACAACAUGCCUAUUGAGGAAGAUGCUAACCUGAAGCGAGUUCAAUUUCAUAUUUAUAAAAAAUAAAGUUUUAUUUUAAUCA